GGUGACGAAGGUGUUUGUCAGUUCAUAAAUAAGCGGAACACAGCUGCGCCGCACGGCGGUAAAUACACUGUAUUGUUUUGUUCUCUUCUUUAACGAGGAACUGCAGGGUCAGCAGUGAAUAUAUAAAAACUUACCGUAAUCAGUAGGUCGACGUCCACCCAGUAAGUGCUAUCACAUUCGCAAGUUCACAGCGUCAUUUCUCUCUCGAUAGUGAUCGCGAUCGGAUCGUGCCUCAAUAAUUGAGUUGUAGUGAAAAGUUUAAAGUGAUGAUCAUCAUCAAAUUAGCCGUUUUAAUAUGCUAUCUGGCUUGGAGUCCAGCCAGCGCCGGUCGUAGUCAUAGUUUCUGGCGCGGUAAAAAGUUCACCCAGGAUGGACCGUCGAAGAAUCCCAUCUUCAAAGGGAUGGGUUCGAACGUGCAAACCCUGUGGUUCGACCAGCUGCUGGAUCAUAAUGAUCCCACCAACCCAACCACCUGGAAGCAACGGUACUACGUGAAUGAUGAAUACUUCAAGAACGAGGAUGACAACGGACCGGUGUUCUUGAUGAUCGGAGGAGAAGGCGAGGCCACAGCCCGUUGGAUGACGGAAGGAGCUUGGAUCCAUUAUGCACAAGAAUAUGGCGCACUGUGCUUCCAGCUGGAGCAUCGUUUCUACGGCAAGAGCCAUCCAACGGAGGAUCUGUCGACGAAAAACUUGGCUUAUCUCACAUCGGAGCAGGCGCUGUCCGAUUUGGCCUACUUCAUUGAGGCGAUGAAGCUAAAGUAUCAACUUGGUCGUAGCAACCGCUGGAUCGCAUUCGGUGGAUCGUACCCCGGAUCGCUGGCAGCUUGGUUACGCGAGAAGUACCCUUACCUGGUGUUCGGAUCUAUCAGCAGCAGUGGUCCGCUGUUGGCGAAAAUCGAUUUCAAAGAGUAUUUUGAGGUGGUGACCAACUCGUUGAAGCGAUACUCGCCCGAUUGCGUCGCCAACGUACGCAGUGCAAUGUCCCAGGUCGAAACGCUCCUGAAGCACAUGAUCGGUCAACGGAAUCUGAACGAAAAGUUCAAACUGUGCGACCCGGUUGAAAAGUCUAUCGAGAACGAGUUGGACAUUUCCAGUUUGUUCGAAGCGAUUGCGUCCAACUUUGCCGGAGUCGUUCAGUACAACAAGGAUAACAGUCCGCACGCGCGGCUUACCAUCGAUGAGGUGUGCGACGUCAUGAUGAAUCAGACCAUUGGGGUUCCGGUUGCAAGGCUGGCCGUCGUGAAUGAGAUGGUUAUGAACCAGGAUAAGGUCAAGUGCUUGGACUAUGUGUACGACAAGACGAUUAAGCAGAUGCAGAAUACCUCGUGGGAUUCGGACGUGGCGAAUGGAGCUCGCCAGUGGAUCUACCAGACCUGCAACGAGUUCGGUUUCUACCAGACUUCGGACACCGCUGACUCGGUGUUCGGCGAUCGUUUCCCUGCGGAAUUCUUCACCCGCCAGUGUGCCGAUGUGUACGGAAGACGAUUCGAUCAGAAGGCCCUGAACCGGGCAGUCUACCGCACAAACACCAACUACGGUGCGUUGAAUCCCUCGACGACCAACGUCCUGUACGUGCACGGUUCAAUCGACCCAUGGCACCGACUAGGGCUGACGGAGAGCAACGACAUCCAAAUGCCGACCAUUUUCAUCGACGGAACCGCCCACUGUGCCAACAUGUACGAACCCAAGGAGGACGAUUUCCCUCAACUGAAAGCUGCGCGAGUUCAAAUCAGUAGCUUUAUUGGUAGACUGCUCAAAAUGGAUGAUGAUUAUGAUUACUAGGUCAAAAACAUUGUAUCAAAAAAUAGCUCUCUCAUAAAGUAAACCAAGUUGACUCGUAGAUUAAAUGUAUAAAAAUAAAAGCACACUAUCUCCUCAAAACUAA